AUGGGGAGAAGCAGCGAAAAAACACGCCCUUCUCAAGACUUGUUUCGUCUCAGGCGAGGCGAGGGGACCUCUCUGGACCUCAACAACUUCCCUGAGGAAUAUGGCCAAGAAGCGUUUGACGGGAGCUCCCCCUCCACAGAAGCAAAGAGCUUGAAGAAGCCGAAGAAGAGUGGAGGAAAGGAUGAUUCUUACAGGGUUUACGAGUGCCGGUUUUGCUCACUCAGAUUCUGCAAGUCUCAAGCACUGGGUGGCCACAUGAACCGACAUCGUCAAGAGAGGGAAGUCGAGACUCUUCAUCGUGCCCGGCAGCUCGUGUUCAGCAACGAAGGCCUUGCUGCAGCCGGCGCCUGCGUCCACAUGGGAUUGAGAGAUAAUUAUGGAGUCUCACUCUCACAUGCUAUCCCCUUGGGAUAUUUCCAGCAUGGAGUCAAUACCAACAACGAUCCUUGUCUACCGUUGGAACCAGUCUACCGAGUUAUGCCAACACAUUGCCCAUCACUCUCAAACCCCUACAUACAAACCCAUCCGACUCCUCCUCAUCAUCCUUACAUAGUAGGUAACUUCACUGGCCAUGCUGUAAGAGAGCGCAGUCAAAACCAGCUGCACGCUAAUGGCAACGUCUUCACCGGCUUUGGUGUCCCUCUGGCCAAUACGACGCAAAUGGAAGGAGCUAGCGGAGGCACAAAGUUUCAGAGACAUUAA